GCCAAGAAUUUAUCAACGACCCCCUUUCUCUCUCUUUCUCCUUUUCCCCACUCUUCUUCCUCAUCAUCACCUAUCCUCUCCCCAUCCUUCUUACGUUAGGGUUAUGUUAGGUUAGAUUACCUAGGUUAUGUUAGAAUAAGAUACAUACCUAACCUAACCUAGGUACCUACCAGAGAAAGGGACCUAUAAUAUCAACCUUCCACCAUGAGCAUCUUCCUGGAUUUCGACGGGACCAUCACGGCGGAAGACACCGUAGGCGAACUCGCCGGCUUCGCGCUGCGCGUCCGGGCCGACGAGGGCCAGGACCUGCGCGAGGAAUGGGACGCCGUGGUGUCUGCGUACGUGUCGGACCACGGCGCCCACGCCGCCGGGUACACCCCGGCACCCCACGCGCGCAGCCUGCCCGCGCAGGAGGUGCAGUUCCUGCGGCACAUGAAGCGCGUCGAGACGCGCUCGCUCGGCCGCAUCAACGACUGCCGCCUGUUCCGGGGGAUCAGCCCGGCGGCGUUCCGCGCGGCGGGGCGGGAGCUGGUGGAGAAGGGGUCCGUCAGGCUACGCCCGGGGUUCGGCCGGUUUGUGAGGAGCCGGUUGGAAGAAGGGUGGCGCGUCUGGGUGCUCUCGGUGAACUGGAGCUCCGCGUUUAUCGAGGGCGCGUGCGGCGAGCUGCCGGGCGUCGAGGUCAUUGCGAACGACGUGCGGGAGGACGGGUCGAUCGCCGGGCCGCCGAUACUAAACCCGGGGAGCGACGUAAGUAGUGGUAGUCACGGGGGAGGGGAGCCGAGGAACUUGACAAACUCGCACGAUAAGCUAGAUGCCAUGAAGGCCGUGGUCGAAGCCGAAGGGCUGGUUGGGAAACCGACCGUCUAUUUUGGCGACUCGACCACCGAUCUGGAGUGUCUGCUCGCUGCUGAUAUGGGGUUCGUCGUUUCGGAUAGAGAAGACUCGUCGCUGUUGAAGACGCUUCGGAGGAUAGGGAAAGAGGUUCCUCAUAUCCGGGACCAGGAUACAGCAGGCAGUCUUGCAUGGACGUCGAAUUAUGAAGAUAUACCAGAUCACAAAUUCGUUCUUGCUUAGGAUGACCAAUAUAGAAACAACAUAAUCAAUGCUAGUGUAGUUCAGUGUAGCUCAGUGUAGUUCAAUGUAUAUGAGAAUAUCUAA